AUGGCGGAGACCAAUGAUCUACCCAGAAGAAUGUUUGCUCUAGGCCAUGAACCCGUCGGCUUGAGAGUGUCACCAUACCACAAACCCGGUGCACUUGGCCACAUAAUAGAUUCGUUAGAAGAAGGCGAAAUCGAGGUUUUAAAAAGAACUCAUUUUGGGAAAUUCCUAGAGCUAGCCGACAAGACGCCAUACUCUGGCCGUCUAGGUCGAUACAUGCUUUCGAGACAGCUGAAAGUUCGCAAGAAAUACGAAGCUUGGUUUCUUUUUUCUGAAAACCCAAUAAGGUUCUCUCUGAGAAAAUUCGCCAUCGUCACCGGUCUUCCGUGUGGGAAAUACCCGAAACAACCGCAGAAAGAGGCGAAGAAAAUGAUCUCUGAACAGCCGGUGCUCAAGCGCAAGACUAUCACCGACCAAGAUGCACGGAUAAAGUAUGCCUGCCUGGCUAUACUCGCAUACGUGAUACUGCCUACAACACACGUUCCCAAAAUAUUAUUUGAACACGCCGAAAAAAUCAGAGAACUUGAUGAGUUCUUCGUGUACCCGUGGGGUCGGGUAUCCUUUGAAAUGCUCAUGAGUAGCAUAAAAGAGAGAGAUGAGGUAGCUCUGACUCAAAGCACAAUUGCCCUGCAAGGCUACGUGCAGUCCCUUCAGAUGGUCAUGACAAAAGCAGUUCGAGGUUUAACAGAGUUAGUUCGUCAAGAUUCACCAACGGAUGCUGCGGGUGACGAUGAUGGUGACAUUGCAUUCCCCCCCGUUCGUGUGACUUCGAUUAUUCAGCCAGCCACUGACUUCGAGAUCAAGGAAGACUGCUUGUUUUUUUCCGAUGAUGAAGACGAUGACAGCGUAGACAAAAUGGUGAGCCUCAUCAGAGACGGUGCCCGCUUUACAAAGAAGAUGUUCAUAGGGGGAGCUACCUCUGCUGACGUAGAGCGCAUGAGAGAGGAGGCUGAGGCUGAAGCACUAGCGAAAAAGAAAAAGAAGAGGAAAACCCCCUGCCAAACGAUACCAACACCAACACAAGCGGCCGUUGAUGCAGAGCUCGUUGCCUCACUUGUACAAGCUAAGAUCAAAAUCCAAAUUGAUAGGGUCGAAGGCAAGGUCGAUGACCUACGGGAAUCAUUUGAUCAGUUGCAAGAGGUCGUGAAAAAACACAUUUUCGAAAACUCAGCCCAACUGCUUGUUCUUCAGAACGGCUUUAAGACGAUACUAGACUCCAUUGCAUCUUUAUCCUCUCAGUCUCAUUCGCGCUCAGUGGAAGACAACCCAAUGGCUAACGCACCCGUAGCCGACUCCGUGGGAUCACGUACUCAGACCACCAUCCCCGAGCCGCAACGCACCACAUCCCGUGGUGAUGCUGAUAUGGUCAAUGAGGACACAAAUAUCAACCAAAUGACAUCAGGAGAAGAUGAUGCCAGUGUCCAGAGGCAUGUUGAAGAGCAAAACGAUUUUCAGCUAUCAAAAGCUGAAUCAGGAAACGAACGCGUGUCUGCAGAAGACUACGAGCCAAACCUGGACAACGAAGCUCCGCCGAUUGUUACAGAAGACCAUCAGCCUGACGCCGCCAUACCAAUUCGGAAAAGCACCCGUCUGAAGGCAGUCACGAAGUCACUGGUUGGUGUGUACGAAUGCGACAAGCUUAUUCUAAAUAGGUUCCGGGAAGCACAACUUGGCGCCAUCAACAAAGAUGCAGCAACAGACUACCAUGCGAAGUUCAACAAGUUGCUCCAUAUUCUGAAGACGUCUAAGUCUAUUACUAUAGGUGGCAUUUCAGUCAGCAACAAAGACAUCAUUGAUAUCGCUGAGAGGAGCCGAGCACUCUCGUUCAAGAUGAUCGAUGUACUGAUGCAUCACUCUCAUGUUGUCACCUUGCACCAGCCAAAUCCUCGCGACAGUUGCUGCUUUCUGGACUCCAAGUUUGUCUCCAUCCUCUCCAAGAACUACUCGAGAUUUAGCAAAUCUCCCCAGAAAGAGGACUUUGUAUUCACCCCCAACGUUUUAGAAACUCUUUGUGACCUCGAGUCUCAAACUUUCGAGUCAUUGCGUUUCUAUCUACCAUCCAACUUCGACAAGAAUUAUUGGGUUGGCAUUUGCGUUGACUCCACUACAUGGACCUUGAUUGUCCUCGACUGCAACGCAUCGCUGAGAAGCGAUUCGGUCAUGGUAAAAGAACUGGCGCCAAUUUGUCACAUGUUCCCUUACCUCCUGAAGCAAGCCGGCAGAAACAUGUGUUCAAAGGACCUCAAGGCACUGACGGUGGAGAGGCCAAGAAACAUCCCUCAAAACAUCAAGACAACGGACUCUGGCGUCCCAACCACACUGCUUAUGCAAGCUCACGCUGUUGCUGGCAUAGAGGUAUGCAAAUCUCUGACUUCGGAUGUGUUGGACCAUGAGGCAAAAAGGCUGGCUGUUAUGCUCUACGAAGAAAACGUAGGGCCAAUCUGA